AUGACCCUAUUAAAGUGUCAGCGUUGUGUUAGAGAGGAUAAAACAGCAGAGGACACAGAUCAUGUGGAGAAAAUCUUGCCAUCCAGCUACAGUCAUCUACUUUGUCAUCAUGAACUGCUGGAAAUGUCAGGAGAUAUUGAAAACUUUAGAGCGGCUAUUAAAUUGCAGAUGACUUCUGAGGAGGAGGUCCAAAAGUGGUUGGAGGAUUUCCAGAAAUCCUCAGCUUUAACAUGGAGAAAAUCCAGGACAUACCCUGACUCUGGACGCUACAACAAAUACAGAGUGGAUCUGAGAUGCCAGCACAAAACAUACACUUCAUCAUCCAAGACGACCAAAAAUACCAACUGCCCUGCCACCAUGUUUCUGAUUCUCAAGAGAUUUAUGUAUGAAAGAAAGUCCAGAUCAGGAGACCCACAUAUUGAAGAGGGCUAUUUCCUUCAUGUGAACUUGAGGAAUGAACAUAAUCAUAGACUGAACACUACUGAGGUCAUGAGGUGGAGAGAUGUGUCAAAUGACACCAUUGAAAAGCUACAACAGCUCUACAAAAGCGGUCACUCUCCUUCAUCUGCACUAAAGACUAUUAAAUACAACCUGCAUGAAGAGGAAGGCGAUAACUAUAUUUAUGCGGAUCGAUCCAUCUGCCCAGACCUUCAGUUCUGCUACAGAUUAUACCACAAGCUUUUUCAGAAAGCAUGUGCUGGACCUGCAGGGAAGGCCAUUUCAGACGAGCUUUUUAAACCCUUAGAAUUGGAACAAUCAUGGGAGACAACGGCAGUGACAGGUGAAUAGGAACAAAUUUCAUGCACCUGCCGAAAUAAGACAAUAGUUGUCUAUGAAGAGAUAUUAUAGAAAAGAUUUCACAACAUUGUGAAAAGAAAAGAUCCAAACACUGUAUAGAAGCUAUUAAAUCAAUAAGCCUUAAAAAGCUUGGCAUGAACAUCGUGAAACCUAAACAUUACAAGAAAUCAGUGUUUACCCCAUUUAUUUUAUAUUUUUGGUAUUGAUGUGCACAAUUCAACAAUGCACAUUAUUCUAAAAGAGAAAAGGUUUUUAGUUUGUAAUUUUGAUCACAAUGUAAUAGCUGGCUCCAUUCAGGUAUGAAACUCCCACUUUUCACCAUGCAGUCAGUUGACUGAAUAAAAAUCAAGUCCCACCCUACAUUUUCCCCCUUCAUUGAAUGUUGUUUCAGUUUGCUGUCAUGUUAUGACUUUAUAUAACUGAACCUAUGCUGCCCACCAUAUAUUUCAAAGUGCCCAGACACCUGUAACUGUUACCUUUUAACAACCCUAUACAAACAGAAUGUGUUUCUGAUGUCGUCAUUGUCCAAACCCAUGUAAUGUGAAUGAGCAUUACUGUUUUUAUGUCAUAUAU